CAUUGCCAGUGCAGUUACACUGUCGGGUAGUGUGUGCUGUGCUUCAUUCGGGUUUCUUCUUGUGUGAUUUUUAAAAAAAAGAAAAUCUGACAAUGAGGGAGAUUGUGCACGUACAAGCCGGGCAGUGUGGCAAUCAGAUCGGGGCCAAGUUCUGGGAAGUCAUCAGUGAUGAGCAUGGCAUUGACCCAACUGGUACCUACCAUGGCGACAGUGACCUGCAGCUGGAUCGUAUUAAUGUCUACUACAACGAGGCAUCAGGGGGUAAAUAUGUUCCCCGUGCCAUCCUGGUGGACCUGGAGCCUGGCACCAUGGACUCCGUUCGCUCCGGACCAUUUGGGCAGAUCUUCCGACCGGAUAACUUUGUGUUUGGCCAGAGUGGCGCAGGCAACAACUGGGCCAAGGGGCAUUACACAGAAGGGGCAGAGCUGGUGGACUCUGUGCUGGACGUAGUGAGGAAGGAGGCGGAGAGCUGCGAUUGCCUCCAGGGUUUCCAGCUGACCCACUCACUGGGUGGGGGCACGGGCUCGGGCAUGGGCACCCUGCUCAUCAGCAAGAUCCGCGAGGAGUACCCAGACCGAAUCAUGAACACCUUCAGCGUGGUGCCCUCGCCCAAGGUGUCAGACACGGUGGUGGAACCCUACAAUGCCACCCUGUCGGUGCACCAGCUGGUGGAGAACACGGACGAGACCUACUGCAUUGAUAAUGAGGCGCUGUACGAUAUCUGUUUCCGCACCCUGAAGCUGACCACCCCCACCUAUGGCGACCUGAACCACCUAGUCUCAGCUACCAUGAGUGGUGUCACCACCUGCCUCCGCUUCCCAGGCCAGCUCAACGCUGACCUCCGUAAGCUGGCAGUCAACAUGGUGCCCUUCCCCCGCCUGCACUUCUUCAUGCCUGGCUUUGCCCCCCUCACCAGCCGUGGGAGCCAGCAGUACCGGGCCCUAACGGUGCCCGAGCUCACCCAGCAGGUCUUUGACGCCAAGAAUAUGAUGGCAGCCUGCGACCCACGCCACGGGCGCUAUCUGACAGUGGCAGCGGUCUUCCGAGGCCGCAUGUCCAUGAAGGAGGUGGACGAACAGAUGCUGAACGUGCAGAAUAAGAACAGCAGCUACUUCGUGGAGUGGAUCCCCAACAACGUCAAGACGGCUGUCUGUGAUAUCCCACCCCGUGGCCUCAAGAUGGCCGUCACCUUCAUUGGCAACAGCACGGCCAUCCAGGAGCUCUUCAAGCGCAUCUCUGAGCAGUUCACCGCCAUGUUCCGACGCAAGGCCUUCCUGCACUGGUACACGGGCGAGGGCAUGGACGAGAUGGAGUUCACUGAGGCAGAGAGCAACAUGAACGACCUGGUCUCUGAGUACCAACAGUACCAGGACGCCACGGCUGAGGAGGAGGGAGAGUUCGAGGAGGAGAUCGAGCAAGAUGAGGCCUGAGUGCCCUUGACUCAGCCCGCCCUUUGUGUACAUAAAACGUCCUUUUUAAAAACACAACAGCGAGGAAAAAAAAUUGCGUUUUCAAACAGGCGAGGUCCGUGGGCCCUCCAGUUCCACAGGACUCGAGUUCAAAGGAAACUUUCAUUUUGCCCCUUACCACACCCCUUCCACCCCCGUGCUGGCAAAUGCCGUUGUAAUCAGUGUCCGACAUCAUCUCAGUCCCCAAUCUAAAGCACAGUGUCAUCACAUCUGAACAGAUCUUUUCCCUGAAUCCCAUUUGCAUGUUUUGAAAUCGAAACAGGCUGCAGUUGUCUUGCGUGUGGUAAUGUGAAUUUUGUUUGUUUCAUUUUGUGUUCAAAGCAUUGGUAGGUGCACUUGAUUUGAAGUUGGGGAGGAAGGGGUAGGUGAGGGAAGUUGACCAGCAGGGAAAUGAAGAACAUUGGAAACAGCAUUGGAGACGCUGGCAUCAAUUGUCUCAGUGGUGGACCUGCCAGCCUGGAUGAGAGGAGCUAAUUGCAUAGUGCUUGAGGGGGUCAGGUGAAGCAAAUUAGCAGCAGCCAUGUUGAAAUCUGGUGGUGGGGGAGAAGGGUCUCUGCAGUGGUAGUGCUUCUACGAUAGCCAAUUCAUAAAAAGUCAAGUUGGACUGUGCUGGUUGAAGCAUUGAAAAUAGGUGAAAUUUAUCAGAGGCAUAACCUUUUCCAGAGUAAGUGGGAUUUUAGAAAAUGACUUCCCCACAGCUUUUAUUUUUAGGAGUAGCUUUGUGGUCUGAAACCAGGUUUGCGUGUGUAUGUGUGGUUCUCCACAUACCACCCAGCUGGGUGAUGCACCAUGGGAAUUGUGCCCUCUGCCUGGAUGCCCAGUGAUGCUGAGCUGGAUAAUUCAGUGCUGCAGUCUCAAAAAUGAUAUCUUCAAUUUCAAUAUGCCCAAAAACCCUUCACUCUCUAAAAGGACUUAUCCUAGCUGUACAGAAAAAAAGCUACUUUUCCCUCUUCGUUACCAACUUGUCAGUGAGAUUGCUAAAUCCAUGACGCAGUAAAACUUUGUCUGUUUUCGGUGUUUCUUAUCUUUCGACUGCUCCUUCAAACAGUCUGGUUGAGUUUGUGUUGUCCGAGUGUAAUCCUCCUUCACUACCUUUCCAUGUGCCCUGUUUGAGGAUUUUCCCACAAAUAUAUUUUUUUUAUUUUGGUUUUAAAUCAUCAGAAUAGCUGAGCCAGCAGUGAGGAACAGAUGAGUUAAUUCCACACGGCCAAUCCUGCCCUCCUAGCUGAGGAAUUCUUGAGAGGGCGAGAACAAUCCACUAUGAAGUUCCACUUUUUGCUCGACUUGUCGUGAGUUGUUAUUGGGAAGGGUAUUUCUGUUCCCUGAUGGCCGAGGGGGUGGUGUGCAACUGUCCUUUUUCCUGUUGAGCCUUGAAUGAACCUUUUGAAGGAUUGACAUAGACGUUCUUGAUCGUUUUUCCAUGCUGCUGCUUACUGAGUAUUCGCUCUGUCUUUCUGGUUUUAAGUUUUUUGUUUGCGUUUGCUGCUGUCAGUGUCCCUUUUUACUGUUGUUUUUUAAAAAUUAAUCGCACCCUUUUUUUUUUGUUUUUUUUUCAUAUUGAAAAGUAUAAAGCCGGCCUGUUUCUUAACUGACAAAUAAAACACGUUUUCUUUGCGA